UUUGCACACCUUUCACGACUCCCCGUCCAGCUUCAAUAAUCAAUCAAUAUCUUUAUGAGCUGAGCUGCCACCUUUUGUGAAUAUAAAGGCAACGCCAUCCUCCCCCGCAAACAUAUCCAGCCUUCCACCUUCAUUCCUCUCUCUGUUAUCUCCUCACUCACUAUUACCUCCAAAUGGCGACGAGCGUUUCUUCUCCUUCUCUCCAUCUACAAUUUCCAUUGACCAGAAAAUCACCCAACCGUUCCACGCCUCUAUUGUUUGUUCGUCCCGUCAUCAAAGCCUCCGUCUCCGAGAGACCGUCCUUAUCUGUACCGCCGGUGGUGCCUGCCGAGCUCCCCGUGCAGAAAAUUCCUGGGGAUUAUGGUCUUCCCCUUGUUGGACCCAUCAAAGACCGUCUUGAUUAUUUCUAUAACCAAGGCCGAGACGAGUACUUCAAAUCACGCAUCCAGAAGUACCAGUCAACAGUUUUCCGCACCAACAUGCCGCCCGGACCAUUCAUUGCUCCCAACCCACGCGUCGUCGCCUUGCUCGACGGGAAAAGCUUCCCCGUUCUCUUCGACGUCACCAAGGUCGAGAAGAAAGAUGUGUUCACUGGCACUUUCAUGCCUUCCACUGAACUCACCGGAGGUUACCGAGUUCUCUCCUACCUCGACCCCUCCGAGCCCGGACACGAGCAGCUCAAGCGCCUCAUGUUCUUCCUCCUCAAGUCUCGCCGCGACAAGGUCAUUCCCGAAUUCCAUUCUAGUUACGCCCAGCUCUUCGACACGCUCGAGAGCCAGCUUGCGGCGAAUGGAAAAGCCAGCUUCGGUGAUGCCAAUGAUCAAGCCGCUUUUAACUUUCUGGCUCGAUCUCUGUAUGGGACCAAUCCGGCCGAUACCAAACUCGGGCUCGACGGCCCAAAGAUAGUCCAGAAAUGGGUGCUCUUCCAGCUCAGUCCUAUUCUCAUUCUGGGCCUCCCAAAGCCCAUCGAAGAUGGCAUAUUCCACACCUUUCGUCUCCCUCCCGCCUUGGUCAAAUCAGAUUACCAGAGGCUAUACGAUUUCUUCUACGAGUCCUCCGGUUUCGUGCUCGACGAAGCGGAGCGUUUGGGCGUAUCCAAAGAAGAAGCCUGCCACAACCUGCUGUUCGCAACGUGCUUCAAUUCGUUCGGAGGAAUGAAGAUAUUCUUCCCGAACAUGCUGAAGCGGAUCGGGCGGGCAGGGGUGAAACUUCACACGGAGUUAGCGAGGGAGAUCAGAACGGCGGUGAGGUCGAACGGUGGAGAAGUAACGAUGAGGGCGAUGGAGCAGAUGCCGUUGAUGAAGUCGGUAGUAUACGAAGCAUUCAGAAUAGAACCGCCAGUACCGUUACAGUACGGCAAGGCAAAGAGAGAUCUAGUGAUCGAAAGCCACGAGAAGAGGUUCAAAGUGAAGGAAGGAGAAAUGUUGUUCGGGUACCAGCCGUUCGCAACGAAGGACCCGAAGAUAUUCGAGAGGGCUGAUGAAUUUGUUGGAGACAGGUUCGUCGGCGAGGGUGAGAAGUUGCUGAAGCAUGUGCUGUGGUCGAAUGGGCCAGAGAAUCAAAAUCCGACUGUCGACAACAAGCAGUGUGCCGGAAAAGAUUUCGUGAUGUUGGUGUCGAGAUUGUUGGUGGUGGAGCUUUUCCUUCGCUAUGAUUCCUUCGAGAUUCAAGUCGGAUCCUCGCCGUUGGGUUCUUCCGUUACCCUCACCUCUCUCAAGACUGCAAGCUUUUAAGCAGCUUGCACUCCGAUUUCAAGUAUUUCCGCCUGAUUUUGGAAUCAGUGUAGCGAAGGGUAGGGUGAAAAGACGGCCUGCUCUGAAGUCGGACUUGCUGAAGAAUACAACUAUCAUUUAUCAUGUGCCUUUGAUGCAAGAAGUGACAGGGAAGAGCUAAAGAGAGCACAGCGAGACAGAGAAAAUGACAGGGAAGGAGGGAAGGCGGAAGAGAUUGGAUCCGUUGGCCUCAGAGGAGGAACCAACAUGUUAUUGUAUUAGUAUAUACACUAGGAUUUUAUUUUUCAAUUUUUUGAUUAUUGAAUAUCUUAUGAAAGUUACGCCUACAUACCAUACAUA